GUAAUUUGCGUUGGAUUUGUGGGAAUUGCGGUGUUGAUUUUUGAUGGAGAAGCGCAGACUCCGAUCUGAAUUUGCAAAUUCCGGCAUAGAUGCAAUUUUUUCCAUGACGAUAUUUGAAAAUGGAGACGGAAGAGGUGCGGGGGUGUGCACAACAUAAGGAAGAAGGCGGAAAUCAACUUUCGAAAAAAGGCAUAAGUCAAAUUUCGGAUUUUGGAGUUUAUUUUCCGUGGACGGUGAAGCUGAGUGUUUCCGGCGAGAAAUCAUGACGUCUACUGUUCCGGCCAAGUCUCAGCCGCUUCACAACUUCGCCUUGCCGCACUUGAAGUGGAAGAAGAACCACCAUUCCAAUAAUCACCACCGCGGCCGCUCCGCCAAGCACUUGGAAUCGGCGGCUUCUCCGUCCCGGGUCGCUUCCCCUCUGCGGCAGUCUCAGUCGCCACUCAUACACCGAGUCCGGUCUCCGGAUGUUGAAUCCGUGACGCCGAUGCUGGUCCGCCUCCAGUCUCCGAUGCUGGAGCGAGAUCGCCAGUCACAGAUGCGCGAUUCUGCUAGUGAAUCGAGUAAGAGGAGUUUCGCUGCGGAGAUGGAUGGGAUUGGCCAGAAAGAUGGCAGAUCGAAAUUAGUUCUGAAGCUCCCUCGGAAAAACAGGGGCGAUGAGAUUCAGGAGGAGCCAAAGGGCGAAGAGGUUCCAGAGGAGGGGAAAUCCGGCGCAGAUGCAGAUCAGGAAGCAUCCGAAGAGCCAGUCCAAAAGAUUUGGAAUCUGAGGCCGAGGAAGCCGAUACACAAGUCACUGAAUUUGAACGGCGUCCAGUUCAAAGCAGGGGGGCCGUCGGCCACCAUAGAGGACACGACUCAGUCGCCUCACCGGACUCCAAUCAGACCGGAUGCCGAGGUUCACUGCGCAGAGAAGAAGGAGAAGAGGCAGAGGUUUUCCAUUGCACUCACAAAGGAAGAGAUUGCAGAAGAUAUUUUUGCCCUGACUGGAUUAAAGCCCGCAAGGAGGCCGAAGAAGAGAGCCAAAUGUGUUCAGAAACAACUUGAUACUCUUUUUCCUGGUUUAUGGCUGGCUUCAAUCACUCCUGAUUCAUAUAAAGUCUCUGAAAACAAUCCAAAGGGUUAGUAGAGGGCAUUGUUCAGCAGAGGUAUUGUUCAAAGGGUCUUUGGGAUUUAGAAGACCUGACAAAUUUUGGGGAUCUCAUAUGCUGGUUUAAUCAACUAUUACAUGUAAAGAAAAACAAGAGAGAAAC